AUGGAGGGUGUUGUGAGCCCUGAACCACCUCAGAGCUCACCGUUGGAUUCCAGUUCCAAGCACGACACAACCAAUGAUGAACUCAAGGACAGCACUGAUGCAGAACUCACCAAAAUUCGUCUCAUGAGAGCCUUUGUUGAAGCCCAAGAUCCCUCUUCCAAGGAAGUGGAUGAUUUGAUGAUUAGAAGAUUCUUGCGGGCUCGUAGUUUAGAUGUGGAGAAGGCUUCGGCGAUGUUUCUGAAGUACUUGAAAUGGAAACGUUCAAUUAUUCCAAAUGGUUAUAUAUCACCAUCAGAGAUUGCUGAAGAUAUUGCACAGGAGAAGCUGUUUGUGCAAGGAGUCGACAAGAAGGGUCGACCUAUAAUUGUUGCCUUUGCUGCAAAACAUUUUCAAAGCAAAAAUGGUGCCGAUGGAUUCAAACGGUAUGUAGCCUUUGCUCUGGAGAAGCUGUGUUCAAGGAUGCCACCGGGGCAAGAAAAGUUUCUUGGCAUUGCAGAUAUUAAAGGAUGGGGAUAUGCAAACAGUGAUCUUCGUGGAUACCUUAAUUCUCUAUCCAUUUUGCAGGAUUGCUACCCAGAAAGAUUGGGAAAGUUGUUUAUUGUACACGCACCUUAUAUGUUUAUGAAAAUUUGGAAAAUGAUUUACCCUUUCAUUGACGACAACACCAAGAAAAAGAUAGUAUUCGUGGAGAACAAAAAGCUGAAACCAACAUUGCUAGAAGAGAUAGAAGAGAGUCAACUCCCAGAUAUAUACGGAGGCCAAAUGCCAUUAGUGCCUAUCCAGGAUAGCUGA